CCCUGUGCCCGUCCUCAUCCUCUUGCUUUCCAGGACAAGGACGACUGGGACUGGGAUUUCCUGGGGACAUCGAAACCCAGUUCUGGCCCAGGGAAGAUGCCCGUGAAACGUGGCACUGAGCGCAGCUCUGAGACAACAGCAGAACAGAGCAGCAGGAAAGAGCUGCCCCCACGCCAGACGCCCCUGCGCACCGUGGCCCCGGUCCAGAGGAGGAAGACGUCGAUGUUCGAAGAUGCUGAAGGCGACGACCUGUUGGAUGUGCUGAGACGUGGCAAAGGCCCAAAAAAAGAAGAGGAGCUCCGGCCAGCGCGCUCCACGCUGGACGACUUGUUCGGACGAGGCUCCGCGGCCAAAGUCCUGGAAAAGCCAGAGGAGGAAGAGCGCGGGGACAAGAAGGAGCUUGUCUUCGGAGAGUACAAGCCCUCGAUGGGCUCCAGGCCCGCGGUCCAGCCGGCGAUGGGGCAGUUGGUGAGGUUUUCUGCCAACAGCAGCAGCGAAACAAACCCAGAGCCCCGCUCCACACCUCGUCCUCCCCGCAGACGGAAUCCCGUGCGGAGGAGAAGGGCCGGAGACGACUGGCUGGGCUGGGAGGAUGAGGAUUUCAUGGACCCCGCCAGCCAGCUCGGGGCUGCAGAGGAGGCAGCACCUAAACCCGACCCAAUGGACUGGCUGAUCGAUGCCUUGGCUCGCAGGAGAGCCGAAGAACAGGCCAAGGCACAGGAGACAAAGGCCGAGCCCACGGAGACCCAGGAGAAGAAAGCCAAGCGCUCAGAGACUGAGGAGAAAAAGGCCGAGCCCUCGGAGGCCCAAGAGAAAAAGAACGAACCCUCGGAGGCCCAAGACACAACGGCCGAGCCCUCAAGACCGCGGGCAGCCAGAGCAGUGACACCGGAGACAAGGAGAGGGGGAUGCUCGCAGCUUGUCUCGGGCUGGCUCCACGUCCAACCCGAGAUGGACAUCGUCCUUGGCUCGGAGGGGUUGCCCUCUGCUCAGCCCGUCCCUGGGUGGGAGACGCUGGCUCUGCUGGACUCUGGCUUUGUGGUGUCCCCAUUCUGUGCCGGGGACAAAGAGUUAGAGAAGCAGAGAAUCUUCUUGGAGAACCUCAAGAAAGUACGAUACAACACUGCACAACUGUCAACAACCCCUCCAUCCUCCUCUCCUUCUGUGGGCGAUACCAUUGAGUACACGCAUGCAUUAAUAGGGGCCCUGAGGAAAGCAUCUCCACCUGUGCAAGUCGUCGACCUGUCCUCCAUUCUCCGGCCUCCCAUUACUUUCAAGACCCUUUAA